AUGCGUCGAACACACACCGUCCUCCACCAAGCUCUCCGCGCAGCCAGUAGGAACACCGCCGAUAGCUUCGAACACCAUACGACAUCUGCGAAAUUUCUUGCGGCAUCUCAGUCAAUAUCUUCCAUACCAGAACUACAUGGUCUCCCCGAGGUUGUAGUAGCCGGACGGGCUAACGCGGGCAAGUCAACGCUGCUAAAUGCGGUUAUUGGUCGCACGACAACGCCACUGAUGCAUUCAAGUAAAAAAGCCGGUAGAACGCGUGCAUUGAACUUCUUCUCUAUCGGCCCGUCAGCCCAUGGUCGACUAGUACUCGUUGAUGCCCCCGGCUAUGGGCGCGUGAGCAAACAGGAGUGGGGACAACUAUUCGAACAUUAUCUCGAGUAUCGAACACAACUGCGUCGAGUGUACGUGCUGAUCAAUACGCCGCACGGCAUUGGCAAGAGCGACGCGCUCUUCCUGGAGAUGCUUGACGCCCUCACGCAGACGGGCUCUCUUCCGUGGACAUAUCAGGCCAUAUUCACUCAAAUUGACCGUUUGACACCCGCCCAGAUUGGGGAGACAGCCAAAUUGAAGGAGGAGUUACAUAGACUCGCGCCGACAUGCCUCCCGCCUCUCUUCACUGCAUCAAUGAAGCCCAGGUUGGGCAUCGAGACCGUUAGAUCCUCAAUACUGGAAGCUUGCGGGCUGACAACCCUGGACUAG